CGGAGAAGAAAAACGGGAGAAGAGACGGAAAGCUGCUCGGGGCUUCGGCUGGAGUCAAAGCGGCACCGCGGAGCUACUUCAGCGGGAUUUAGAGACUGGUUCCGCGGGAAUAACGGCGACGCUCACCGGCUCACCUUCACGGGUGAGGACGAUGCUCUCCUGAUUCUCGGCGUCCUCGUCCACCCCGUCGCCUCCACCAUGAACCACACUCCCAGCCCCCACCUGUCCGACGGCGGCAAGCAGGCCGGCGGCGGCCUGCUGUGCAGCUUGGGUCUGGGAUCCGACCGGGGCGUCCGCUCCCCGGACAGCCUCACCCACACCCCCAGCCCCACGGGAGGAACGCCCAGCUCCAGCCCCCCGCUGCUGCUGUCGCCCGGCCUGGGGGCCUCGGCCGGAGCCGACUGGGAGAGCAGGGAGGAGCUGAGGCUCAGGGAACUGGAGGAGGCUCGGGCCAGGGCCGCCCAGAUGGAGAAGACCAUGAGGUGGUGGUCGGACUGCACCGCCAACUGGAGGGAGAAGUGGAGCAAGGUUCGUGCGGAGCGUAACCGAGCGCGCGACGAGGUCCGUCAGCUCAGGCAGCGGCUGGACACCCUCACCAAGGAGCUGACCGGCAUCCGGCGCGAGCGGCAGGAGCUCGCCUCGGAGAACGAGACGCUACGGCAGGAGACGCUGCGCCUCCGCGGCGACCACGCGGCCCCGCCUCUGUCCGCCACAUCCCCCUCCUCCUCACCCGCGCACCCCCGCGGCGCUUCCUCGUCAUCCUCGCCGUCCAUCCCCCCUUCCUCCCCGGCGUCAUCCUCCUCUUCCUCUCAGGUCCACGGCGACGUGAAGCUGGACAGGGCGGCAGAGGGACCGCCGGGAUCUCCAGAACCAGAACCGGUGAGGGACAUGGACUUGGAUAGGCAGAAGACGGGUCAGAAGGACCUGGAGCUGCUCGAUUCAGUGCUGCGCUCUCGAGCUCCGGGCGCCGACGCUCAGGAGGCCUGGGAUGGCCGCGGCGGCGUCAACCCAGCCGGCUCGCGCCGGCAGGAGCGCGGCCGACAGCUGUGGGAGGACGCGGGCACAGCGGAGGAGGACUCGAGCAAACUGAACGCUCUGCAGCUUCGCCUGGAUGAGUCCCAGAAAGUCCUGCUGAAGGAGAGAGAAGACAAGCUGGCUCUGAGUAAGAGCAUCGAGAGACUCGAGGCUGAGCUCAGUCAGUGGAAACUGAAGUACGAGGAGCUGAGCAAGAGCAAGCAGGAGGCUCUGAAACAGCUGAACCUGCUGAAGGAGAUGCACCAGGACGAGCUGGGACGCAUCUCCGAGGACUUGGAGGACGAACUGGGAGCUCGAACCAGCAUGGACAAGAAGCUGGCCGAACUACGAGCUGAGAUGGAGCGGCUGCAGGUGGAGAACGCCGCAGAGUGGGGGCGUAGAGAGCGCCUGGAGACCGAGAAGCUGGGCCUGGAGAGGGACAACAAGAAACUGCGAGCUCAGGUUGAAGACCUGGAGGAGCAAUUAGCCAAGCAGCGCCGGCAGGCCGCCUCCGCGCUCGACAGCGACCUGAAGGCCAUCCAGACCGAGCUGUUCGAGAGGAACAAGGAGCUGGCCGACCUUCGUCACAUUCACGCUAAGCUAAAGAAGCAGUUCCAGGAGAAGACGGCAGAGCUCGCCCACGCCAACCGGAGGGUCGAGAGCCACGAGGCCGAAGUCAAAAAGUUACGACUGAGGGUCGAGGAGCUUAAGAAAGAACUGGGACAGGCUGAGGAUGAGCUGGAUGAGUCUCAAAAUCAGACCCGGAAGCUGCAGAGGUCUCUGGAUGAGCAGGUGGAGCAGACGGAGAACCUGCAGGUGCAGCUGGAACACUUACAGUCGAGACUGCGGCGGCAGCAGCAGAGUCCCGGCCUCUUCGGGAAGAUGCGAUCGGCUCGCUUUGGUCCUGAGAACCCCGACGGUCCCAGCAGUGAUGUGGACGAGGAAGACGAGGAACUGCAGCUCCAGAUCCCAUGACACACACACACACCUGCACGCACACACACACACACACACACACCAACAUCAGCAGUCGCGUGAUGAUGGUGAAGAUUGUCGCUCUCGGCUGAAAGCUGAUGUUUGGCAACACAAAGCAAAUCAGCCCCCAGCGAGCAACAUGAAUCAGCUUUACAGCGCACCUGUGCAUGCGCCUGCAGCGACAGGUGACGGUGUCUUCAACCAAUCAUCAUUUAGCAGAACAAAGAAGUUUCAACAACAGACGUUCUCCUUGCAAACACACACACGCACACACACACACACACAGCAGGAUGAAGCCCAGCCGGAGUGUGACAGGCAUGAACAGGAAGUCCGGAUCGUCUGAUCCUCAUUAAAAGAACUUAACUCAGACCGAACUGCAGGACAAGCCGACAUGUUUUUAUCCUUUCCACGUCCUCGCUCAUUCUUACCUCACACCAUCGUCACGAGCAUCACAGCUGCUCCAGCUGUGAUGCUGUAUUCACAUCUGCAGUAUUAGAACUCCGCCCAGAGGGAACAAAGUCUGAGGUUCGAAGAGUUCAAAAAAAUUAUUUUAUGCAGUGUUUCUGAAUUUGAGUUUUUCUGCCAAAUACCAAAGUGUUUAAAGUUCACGGGCCUCGCUGAGAUCACUCGAACGCAGCAUUCACACGCAGGAAACAGGUGGCUGAGGAGUGUGACGCUGCUCCACGCGGCGAUGUCACGACAUGACGCUGUGCACCUGUACACCUGCAGGGAUCACAGGCUUACAGGUGUAAGGCGUCCGCUUUCCUCUGCUCCCCUUCUGAGGCCACUCGGAGCGAUUUAAGUCUCUGUAAGGGAGUGGGCGGGGCCAGGCUGCAGGAAGAAGUCCCGCCAACAGCAGAUAUUCAGAACACCCGCUGAGCUGUGUAAUGUUUACUAUAAUGUGUUCUCAGCAGGACUGAAGCUGAGUGGAGCUUAAAGUGUGUGAGGAAAAGAGGGAGGAGUCAGCGAGAGAGGCGUGGCAGGGCGGAGUCAGAGUGUUUGGAGCAGGAGCACCUGUAGCUCCGGCUGUGUGUCUGCUUUUAUUUAACCUGAGCUGCUUUCUGCUCGCUUCCAGGGAGAUAAUCACUAACACUAGCAUUAGCCCAGGGUACACCUGGGAUCAGCCUCUCACCUGGAGUUCAGGUGUUCCCCAAAUCAAAUGCACCUGUCUCCUGUUGAUCCACCUGUGUAGGCUUCCUGUGAGUUCUCAGUGUCAUGCUAGAAAACAUCCACAAACCAAAUCCUCUGUGAGCGGUUUCGUGGAGGAGGCUCCAUCCUAACCCUUCUUUUCCACCAAACUGCCUCCACCAACCAUGUCAGUGUGCAUCCACCUGAGCCUUCUUACCUCAGAGUGUCACAUCCUGCUGCAGCUGCAUCGCUGACGGCACAAUUUGACGCCCUGGAGUGCGAACAGGUCGGCCGAUCUGUGACGUCAGCUCGCUGCGCGCUUCUUUGCUUUAGCGGAUGUAGACGGUGGGAAGAAAGUAGUCCCUAAAUGAAACUGCAGGGUGUGUGUUUUCUUUGUUUUUAAGUAAGUGGGUGAGAUACCUACGGUGGCCCUGAGAGACGCUGCAAAAGCACACA